GCGGCCGCGGCGGUGACUCAGUGCUCCGCCGCGGCUUUCCUUCCUGCCUCCUUCUAAAAUUCCGGGAUUCAAACCCGGCGUUUUCCGCCCCACCCCUCCCCCUCUCCGUCGCCCGCCUGUCUUUACCCAGACUGUCCGGGUGUUUUGUCCCCCACCUCCCAUCUGUAGGACUGAAGGCCGACCUUCGCGCUCUCCCUCGCUGCCGGCCCGGGGAUCAGACUUGGCCCGCUAGGGCCGGGGACCGCACUGGGCGACAGAUCCGGAGCCCGGCCGGAGGGGGCGGUGCGCGGCGCUCUCCAGCGCACAGGCGGACCUAGCCCGAGCCCCGCUCCCCAUUGGCCGCCACCUCGGCGGGAGGGGCCGCCCGGGUUCGGGGCACCUGGCGUCGCCCCUCCGCAGGGAAGUCGGAGGCUGCCCGGCAUGGGCGCCCGGAGGUAAAGGCAUCGGAAGGGAGGCCUGGGGUAUCUGUGGAGCUCGAGGAGGCCAGCCCUGUUCUGCCAGCUGCCCCGGCGCGGGCGGCUCUCGGAUGCGCCUGCUCUGGCUUCGCCAGCCGGAAACUUUGCUCCGAGAAGUCCCCCACCCUCCUGAUCACGCCGAGAGGCGCCUGGUGGGCCGCGCGCCCCCGGGGGCCCCGCAGCCCCGCGCGUGAUUGCGGGGGCCCCCAGGCGCCAGGCGCCCGCCGCGCUCCGCCGUGCGCGCGCGGCCGCCAGGAUGCGCUACGCGGACCCCUCGGCGAACAGGGAUUUGUUGGGGAACCGAACUUUGCUCUUCAUCUUCAUCUGCGCCUUCGCCUUGGUGACCUUGCUGCAACAGAUCUUGUAUGGCAGGAACUACAUCAAGAGGUACUUUGAAUUUUACGAGGGCCCUUUUGAGUAUAACUCCACAAGAUGCCUGGAGCUGAGGCACGAGAUCUUGGAAGUGAAGGUGCUCUCCAUGGUGAAACAGUCGGAGCUGUUCGACAGGUGGAAGAGCCUCCAGAUGUGCAAAUGGGCGAUGAACAUCUCCGAAGCCAACCAGUUCAAGUCCACUCUGUCCAGGUGCUGCAAUGCCCCCUCCUUCCUCUUCACCACCCAGAAGAACACGCCCCUGGGGACGAAGCUCAAGUACGAGGUGGAUACUAGCGGCAUCUACCACAUCAACCAAGAGAUCUUCCGCAUGUUUCCCAAGGACAUGCCCUACUACCGGUCCCAGUUUAAGAAGUGUGCGGUGGUGGGCAACGGGGGCAUCCUGAAGAACAGCCGCUGCGGGAGAGAGAUCAACAGUGCCGACUUUGUCUUCCGCUGCAACCUACCCCCCAUCUCAGAGAAGUACACCAUGGAUGUAGGGGUGAAGACAGACGUGGUCACCGUGAACCCCAGCAUCAUCACAGAGAGGUUCCACAAGCUGGAGAAGUGGCGGCGGCCCUUCUACCGCGUGCUGCAGCUAUACGAGAACGCGUCGGUGCUGCUGCCCGCCUUCUACAACACGCGCAACACCGACGUGUCCAUCCGCGUCAAGUACGUGCUGGACGACUUCCAGUCGCCGCAGGCCGUCUACUACUUCCACCCGCAGUACCUGGCCAACGUGUCGCGCUACUGGCUCAGCCUCGGCGUGCGCGCCAAGCGCAUCAGCACCGGCCUCAUCCUGGCCACGGCGGCGCUCGAGCUCUGUGAGGAGGUGCACCUGUUCGGCUUCUGGGCCUUCCCCAUGAACCCCUCGGGCCUGUACAUCACCCACCACUACUACGACAACGUCAAGCCCCGCCCCGGCUUCCACGCCAUGCCCUCGGAGAUCUUCAACUUCCUGCACCUGCAUAGCCGCGGCAUCCUGCGCGUGCACACGGGCACCUGCAGCUGCUGCUGAGGGCGGCGCCGGCCUUCCGCCGGCUCCCCCGGCACACGGGGACCCCCGGCGCACCGAGCCACGCUCUUCCUCGCCGGCCCUCAGGAGCGAAGGCCUGGCACUGAGGUUGGCACUCUCUUGGAUGCUCAGCUUCAGACUUGGGUCCUGUGGGCUCUGGGAGGCAGGGAUGCGGGCCAGGCAGACACAUCUCUCUUCGCACCGCCCCACCUCCCCGCCCCGGCCACACCUCAAGAUGGGGGCCCUGGGGAUCGCAAGGGAAUCAAGCACAUUUCCACUCAGUUUUAGCAUCUGAGAGAGCACAAACCGUAUGGCCUCUUUGCAGCUAAAGGAAGUCCCUACUGGGAACAGAAAAGAUGGAGACAGAACAUGUGAGGACAGUUUAGAUCUAACUCAGACUUUUGAGUUCCUGACUCUUAUUCCCAGGCCUCAGCCAUGAAUUGUGGUCUAGAAUCUCAGAGCUAAAAGGUUAA